AUGCAUUAGGAACCCAUAAAAUAUUAAUUUAUAGCAUUAAUUGUAUAAAAUGUCUUUCAAAAAAUAUAAUUAUGAGGGUGCAUAAAAACGUUAAGUUUGGCGUGGUACCGCUAUGGAAGCAACUACUAGAAGACUGCCACCAGUUCUUCAAAUCGAAGCAAAAGCUAAAAUCAGUGCAUUACUCUCGGAUUUGGAGAUGAAAGCUUACUAUCUUUCUACUGAACAUAAUGUUUCUAUUGCUUCGCCACAUCAAAGUACCAGCUUAUCCAACUCCCUCAAUGAUACAGCAAAUAUGACGCUAACUGCACAUAAUAUUGCCUCACCACUUCAAAGUACUUCUUACCAAACAAACAAUAUGACACCAACUGUGUCUCCUAGCAAACCAAUGGAUUUUUCAACUUGCCAACAUCGUAUAAUUACUCAUUGUACAACAGACACAUCAACUUCUGGAGGUCAAAUUGAAAUCUUUGGAAUCGAUAACAAUUUAUAUACUUUUCAGGUGAUUGCUAAUCUUUCAUCCGGUGGGAUACAGCGCCUGAAAUUUGUGUCUUGCUUUUGUAGUUGUGGCAGCAUGUCCAGACAAACCAAAAAAAAUAUGCAUUUGCCACAACUUCCGAGCCCUGUUAAUAACGUUUACAAUUCAGUUGUUUUAAACAUUAGUUAG